UCUAACUGCAGCAAUGGGCCUCAUCAACGAUCAGCAUGUGCAAACAAUCCUUGGCCUGCACACGUGGGAGGAGGCGAUGUUUGUGGCCCAGCUCGGUGCAAGAUCCAACAUACCAAUUCUUUCCUUAGCCGAGGAUGCCCCACAAUCACCCGCUCCCCAACCAUUCCUAGUUCAAAUGGCCCCAAAUCACCGGUCCCAAAUGCAAGCUGUGGCCGCCAUUGUCGGCUCAUGGGAGUGGCAGAGGGUGGUGGUCAUCUACGAAGAUUACAACUACGCUUCAGCCGGAGACAUCGCCGACCUUGCCGAUGCCCUCCGAGAAGUGAAUUCCAAGAUCGACUAUCGAUCAGUCUUCCCCUCAUUUGCCUCGCAAUACAACUUAAGCAUUGCGAUUCGAGAAGAGCUGGAGAUCUUGAGGAGAAUGCAAUGUAGGGUGUUUAUCGUCCACUCAUCAUUCACCUUCAGUGUCCGGUUAUUUGCAGAGGCCAAGAACAUGGGAAUGAUGGGAAAAGAUUACGUGUGGAUCACCACAGACAGCACUACAAAUCUCUUGAACACCGCCAACCUAUCCAUUAUUUCUUCCAUGCAAGGUGUCAUCGGCGUGAGGAACUACUUCCCGCAGACCAGUCGGCAAUUUAGGGACUUCCAGAUCCGAUUCCGGCGACAUUUCCAUCGAAAAUAUCCUAGAGAAGAUAACUUGGAACCCAGCAUUUUUGGAGCCCGAGCAUAUGAUGCUGCAUGGGUUGUGGCUCAAGCCAUGGAAGGGCUUGGAGAAGGAUCUUUGGCAAAAAGUCAGUGGUCUAGCAGUUCUUCAAUGCUGACUGGUCUUAGGGUUUUUUCACAGGGUGAACGGUUGCUACAACGUGUCCUAUCGAGUAAUUCAAGUGGAUUGAGCGGCCAGAUCUGCCUCUUAAAGGGUAGAUUGGUGCAAGCGGCCGCUCUUGAAAUUGUUAAUGUAGUGGGUAGAAGUUACAGAGAGCUUGGAUUUUGGUCACAACAAUUUCAUUUUUCAGAAGGCAUUGAUUACGAGGAGACCACAGCAGGCAAUAAACAUAGAUCCAUGCUAUUCUUAGGUCAUGUGUUUUGGCCUGGGGGGUCUUAUGUGGCCCCUCGAGGAUGGGCCACCCCGACAAUCACAAAGCCUCUAAGGAUCGGAGUUCCAGCAAAAAGUUCAUUUAGCAGGUUUGUGCGGUCGAAAUUCAAUGCUACUUCAAAUGAAACAUAUUUUGAGGGCUUCUCCAUCGAUGUUUUCAAGAUUGUUGUGAAAAGCCUGCCGUAUGAUUUACCUUACAAGUUCGAAGGUUAUAAUGGCACAUAUGACUCUAUGGUUGAGCAGGUUCAUCUCAAGACCUUUGAUGCAGUAGUUGGGGAUACGGCGAUCGUGGCCCACCGUUGGAAGCACGCCGAGUUCACUCAUCCAUAUGCAGAAUCAGGGGUUAAAAUGUUGGUCCUUGUGGAACCAGAGGAAUCAAGGGCCUGGACUUUCAUGAAGCCGUUCACGCUGAGAUUGUGGGCCCUAGUGGCCGUAGUGAAUUUCUACAAUGGAGUGGUAGUCUGGGUGAUCGAACGCAACAGCGGCAAUGAAUAUUUCAGGACCGGUUCGUUAUGGUAUCAAUUCCGCUCUUCUGUUUGGUUCUCCUUCACCACACUCUUCUCAAGGCAUGGGAUUGAACUCCAGCGCAAUCUGGCUCGAAUGGCUACGGUGGUGUGGCUCUUUGUUGCACUUGUAUUGACUUCAAGCUACGCGGCUAGCCUAACGACUAUGCUUACGGUCCAACGGCUUGAACCACAGCCCAUCAGCGUAGAGUCCUUGAUCAGGUCCAGAUCGAUGGUUGGCUGUGAUAGUGACUCGUUCGUGGUAAAGUACCUGGAAGGGUUGGGAUUCCAUCCCAAGAACAUUAGGAAAUACACCAAUGGGGACAUGGAAUACCCCACGGCCCUCAAGAGUAGAGAGAUCGCAGCCGUCUUCCUGGAGGCCCCUUACGUGAAGUUAUUUCUGGCCGCUAAUUGCAAGGACUACACUACAGUGGGGCCCACCUUUGAGGUGGGGGGAUUCGGCUUUGUGUUUCCCAAGGGUUCACCUCUUGCAAUUGACGUCUCCGAAGCGAUCCUGAAAGUGCGGGAAAGCGGCCAAAUACAUGAACUUGAAGAUGGCUUGAUGGCCUCAUCAAAGUGUCCAAGUUCAGGAUCCAACGGUGAGAAUGGUAGCCUCACCCCAAGCAGCUUCUGCGGGCUCUUCGUGAUCACAGUUGGGGUGUCCACGGUGGCCCUUGUACUCUUCUUCUUCGGUCAAGUUCAUCAAAAUUGGCAAGUUUUGCACGCAUACAUGAAUAUUCAUGGACUCAUAUGGGUCCUUGCAGAGCGUUGGAUGGAAGUGUUGCGCAGGUCCGCUAUGUAUAAUCUAGACCGUCGAUUCAAUGGCAUUGAGUUAACUCAACACAGAAGGGAGUGAAACACUGGAAGAUGUCUCUCUAAAUUUGAAUUGAUUUUUGGGAGAAAAUGACAUAGUGACCCCUUUUUCUUUUUCUUUUUUUGUAAGCAUACAGAUUUUUGAGAGGGAAUGGUUCCAUAUAUAGAAGAUGGAUGGAGCAUCAGAAUAAUCCAUGUUCUGAGCA